UGUUAUAAAUGGAAACAAAUAUGUGGCCUCGGUCACUGAGGGGUUGUAGAGAGCGGUGCCUGGCUGGAGAACUCAGUGCAGCAGAGAGAAGGGGCCAGAACAUGAGUUCCAAGUCAAAAUUCGUAGGGAUCAUCGGAGUGCCUUUCUCAAAGGGCCAGCCACGAGGAGGGGUGGAAGAAGGCCCCGCAGCAUUGAGAAAGGCCGGCCUGCUGGAGAAACUGAAAGAACAAGAGUGUGAUGUGAAAGAUUAUGGGGACGUGCCCUUUGUUGAUGUCCCUAGUGAUCCUCCCUUUCAAAUUGUGAAGAAUCCGAGGUCUGUCGGGAAAGCCAAUGAGCAGCUGGCCGGCGUGGUGGCAGAAGUCAAGAGGCAGGGAAGGACCAGCCUGGUGCUGGGUGGAGACCACAGAUUUCCUUAUGUUACCUCAUGUAUGGCGGUUGGAAGCAUCUCUGGCCAUGCCAGGGUCCACCCAGAUCUCUGUGUCAUUUGGGUGGAUGCUCACACUGAUAUCAACACUCCAGUGACAACCACAAGUGGGAACUUGCAUGGACAACCUGUGUCUUUCCUUCUGAAGGAACUAAAAGGAAAGAUCCCCGAUUUACCAGGAUUCUCCUGGGUGACUCCCUGCAUAUCUGCAAAAGAUAUUGUGUAUAUUGGCCUGAGAGACGUGGACCCUGGGGAACACUACAUUUUGAAAACUCUGGGUAUUAAAUAUUUUUCAAUGACUGAAGUGGAUAAACUGGGAAUUGGCAAGGUGAUGGAAGAAGCACUCAGUUAUCUACUAGGAAGAAAAAAAAGGCCAAUUCAUCUGAGCUUUGAUGUUGAUGGAUUGGACCCAUCUUUCACACCAGCUACGGGCACACCAGUUGUGGGAGGUCUGUCUUACAGAGAAGGUCUCUACAUUACAGAAGAAAUUUACAAAACAGGGCUACUCUCAGGAUUAGAUAUAAUGGAAGUGAACCCCUCUUUGGGGAAGACACCAGAAGAAGUAACUCGAACAGUGAACACAGCAGUAGCAGUAACCUUGGCUUGCUUUGGAGUUGCGCGGGAGGGUAAUCAUAAGCCUAUCGACUACCUUAACCCACUUAAAUAAAUGUGGAAACAUAAUGUAAAAAUCUCACAGCUAAUGUCGUAAUUAGUCAAUCUUAAUAAUUUACUUAAGCUUACAGUUAUCCUCCCCAAAAUUUGGUCUUUCUGAAAAAUGUUCUGCCUCGGUAAAUAUUGGUAUAAUUAACUAUCAAUUCCCUCUUGGUGUGAAAUUCAAGAUUUGGAAAUUCUAGGUUUUGUGUAAUUAAAAACACAUAGAGUGGGACUCCUGAUAUCAGAAGAUAAAGCUACCCCACCUGAAAAGGGACCAUAUUCCCAUGUUGUUCAAAGAUGUGAUUUUUAUAAUAAACUCUUUAUAUUAAGGUUGUAUUAUGUCUAUAUGUUUCUAAACACAUGGAUUUACUAAGGAUUUAAAAAGCCCACAGUGAAAUCAUCAUCCCCAAAACACUGUAAAACUGGUGAAAUAAAACUGCCUCCUGGUUUCUUCAUCUGCAAAGGGGUAAUGGUAAGGCCUUGUGAAUCUCCCAAGUUCAUUAAUGUUAGAUGACCAUGUUUUACUUUUUCUAAACCUCAGACAUGAUAUUAGCUUAUAUUUUAAGCAAGGCUGCUAUUCAGGUAGCCUUUUUGGAGGUAGAAAAAAGAAAUCAAACUGCAAUUUGUUUCUAAAACCUUCUAAUUCAGAUAGGAAUUUCACCUAAAAUUAUCUGUGGCUUCCAAACACUCCCACGGUCCUCUCACUCAUUGUAAUUAUAGUGUCUCAUUGGCUGAAAUCCUUAAACAACCCAAAAACUCAUCUUGGCUCAGGAAUAUAGUGAGGGAAAUGGAAUAAAAUAAGUAAGAGUAAACUACAGUUGACCCUUGAAC